AUGCGGCAGAAGCGGCAGGCGGUCUCCCCUCCAGGGGGGGCUGAGAGCGCUGCCGGAGGAAACAUUGACAGCGAGAGAACAGGGAGAAGAAGAAAACGUGCAGGCGUACAUCUGCCCCACGAUCCAGAGGCGAGUCUUUCUGAGCCGUUCCUCCCUUCUACUUUUUCAUCCAUGUCUCCAUCCUCUACUUCGUGUUCGUCCUCAUCCUCUUCCUCCACUUCCUCAUCUUCCUCCACUUCCUCAUCUUCCUCCAUUUCCUCAUCCUCUUCUUCCUCCACUUCCUCCACUCCCUCAUCUUCCUCCACUUCCUCAUCUUCCUCCAUUUCCUCAUCCUCCUCUUCCUCUUCCUCUUCUUCCUCCUCUUCUUCCUUCUCUUCUUCCUCCUCUUCCUCUUCUCCCUCCUCUUCCUCUUCUUCCUCCUCUUCCUCUUCUUCUUCCGCUUCUUAUUCCUCUUCUUCCACCUGUCACUUUGCCGCCUCCUCCUUCUCUUCUUCCGCUGCCCCAUUGCCUUUAUCUCGCCUCGCUUCGGUGCCAGGUAGGAGCGGGGAGUCUGUCAUUCUCGACGAGUAUGUCAGGGUUGCGCGGAUCUAUUUCUAUUCAGGUUUUUGCUUCCUCCCGAUCCUGUGGUUUCUGAAUACCCGCAUGUUCACGGAAGCCCGCUUAGGGCGCCUGUCUCUUCGAGUGCACUUGGCGAGUCGGCGGAUAGGCCGACGAGGCAGAGACAUCGAGGAGGCACAGAGGCGCACGGCAAAGCGCAGGAGAACCGAGCGACACCCCCCGGCGUCAGCGUCUCCAGGCUGCACGACGAGGUGGUCCACUCAGUCCCUCCCGCUUUCUGCCGCCGACGGGCUGGGUCUGGGCACGGGAGCCCGGGGAGACCCUCGUGAGCCGGAUCGCCACGAAGAUCACGAGAGCGAAGAGGAACAAGCAAGGCGACUAGCAGAAACAGACGCCCACACGAAGCUUAAGGACCUCCGCUCGUGUGAGAAGCAGAAAAGACGGCUGCCGUUUGCGAAUGGCCAACGGUCUGGGCUUGCCCGAGCAAGCCGGACUGCGAGGUGGAAAGGAACGGCAAGUGACGUUCACAGAUAUCCAAGGCAACAGGACAGUUGA